CCGAAGUAUAGGACUUUGGACCAUCCUUGGUCUGGAGCCCUGCAUUCUCAAGACUGCCUUUAUUUAAGAGGGGAAUCUGGAAGAAGAGGAAGAAGAAGAAAUGGCUCCUAUGUUCCUGACAGCCAGCUCCCAGGAAUCAGUGACAUUUAAGGAUGUGGCCGUGAACUUCACCCAAGAGGAAUGGCAGCAACUGAACCCUGCUCAGAGGGACCUCUAUAGGGAUGUGAUGCUGGAGAACUAUAGAAACCUCAUCUCACUGGGGCUUCCCAUUUCUAAACCUGAUGUGAUUUUCCAAUUGGAACAAGGAGAAGAGCCUUGGAUACUUGAUUUGCAAGGAACUGAAGAAAAAGCAGUACCAAGAAAUACUUCUCUAGGCUGGGAGUAUUUGCCUGAAAUCCAGGAAUCAAUUCCAAAGCAGAACAUUUCUGAAGAAGAAGAAUCACCAGGCACAUUAAAAGAAAGAAUCAGAGGAGAGAGUUCUGUACCUGAAGACAGAAAGGAGAAGCAGAAGGAAAACUCCGAAGGGAAGACAAAAGAAAAACCACUUUUUCUUGAGAGAAGUUUCAAGCAAAUAUCAGUAAAUCCUACCAAAAAACACACUAAAGAGAGAGGCCAUGAAUGUAAUCAGUGCAGGAAAUCUUUUUUUGAUCGUUCUUCCCUUAAUCGACAUCAGAGAACUCAUACUGGAGAGAAGCCUUAUGAAUGUAAGGAGUGUGGGAAAGCCUUCAGCCACAGCAGCAGUCUUCGGAGACAUGAGAUGACUCACACAGGAGAAAGUCCCUAUGAAUGUAGUGAAUGUGGGAAAGCUUUCUAUGACCGUUCAUCCCUUGCUGUACAUGAGAGAAUUCAUACUGGAGAGAAGCCCUACGAAUGUGAUGAAUGUGGGAAAGCCUUCUUUGACAGAUCAUCUCUCACUCGACAUCAAAGGAUUCAUACUGGUGAGAGUCCCUAUGAAUGUAAUGAAUGUGGGAAAGCCUUCAGCCAAAAAAGCAUACUUACUCGACAUCAGCUAACACAUACUGGAGAGAAGCCCUAUGAGUGUAAUGAAUGUGAAAAAGCGUUCUUUGGUCUCUCAUCCCUUAUUCGACAUCAAAGGACUCAUACUGGAGAGACUCCCUUUGAAUGUAGUGAAUGUGGGAAAGCCUUUUUUGACCGCUCAUCCCUUACUCAACAUCAGAAAAUUCAUAGUAAAGAGAAGCCCUUUGAGUGCAAUGAAUGUGGGAAAGCCUUCAAUCAAAGAAGUCACCUUAAUCGACAUCAGAGAACUCAUACUGGAGAGAAACCCUAUGAAUGUAGCGUAUGUGGAAAGGUUUUCAGUAGCAAGUCAUCUGUUAUCCAACAUCAACGACGUUAUGCCAAAGAAGGCCCUGAAUGUAAUAUAUGUGGGAAAACCUUCAGACACAGAAGUAGCCUUCGGAGACAUCAGAUUACUCACACAGGAGAAAGACCCUAUGAAUGUAAUGAAUGUGGGAAAGCUUUCUUUGAUUGUUCAUCUCUUACUAUACAUGAAAGAAUUCAUACUGGAGAAAAGCCCUAUGAAUGUGAUGAAUGUGGGAAAGCCUUCUUUAACUGCUCAAAUCUUACCAGACAUCAGAGAAUUCAUACUGGAGAGAGUCCCUACAAAUGUAAUGAAUGUGAUAAAGCCUUCAGACAUAGUAGUAGCCUUAGAAGACAUCAAAUGACUCACACAGGACAAAGACCCUAUGAAUGUAAUGAGUGUGGGAAAGCCUUCUUUGAUCGUUCAACUCUUAUCAUACAUGAGAGAAUUCAUACUGGGGAAAAGCCCUAUGAAUGUGAUGAAUGUGGGAAAGCCUUCUUUGACAGAUCAUCCCUUACUCAACAUCAGAAAAUCCAUAGUAAAGAGAAGCUCUAUGAAUGCAGUGAAUGUGGGAAAGCGUUCAACUUGCGAAGGCACCUUAACCGACAUCAAAUAACUCAUACUGGAGAAAAACCUUAUGAAUGUAGUGUAUGUGGGAAAGUUUUCAGUCGCAAGUCAUCUGUUAUCCAGCAUCAGCGACUACACAGUCAAGAGAGAGUCCAUGUAUGCAAUGAAUGCGGAAAAACUUUCAGUCACCACUCGGCCCUCAUUCGACAUCAUAUAAUUCAUACAGGAGAGAAACCCUAUGUAUGUACUGAAUGUGGAAAAGCCUUCAGUCAGCACUCAGCUCUUAUUAGACAUCAUGUAAUUCAUACUGGAGAGAAGUCCCAUAAAUGUCAUGAAUGUGGGAAAGCCUUCUUCAUCCGUUCUUCCCUUAUUCAACAUCAGAAAACUCAUACUGGAGACAAUCCCUAUGAAUGUAAUGAAUGUGGGAAAGCCUUCUUUGGUCUCUCAACCCUUACUCGACAUCAGAGGACUCAUACUGGAGAAAAGCCCUAUGAAUGUAGUGAAUGUGGAAAAUGCUUCUUUGAUGGCUCAUCCCUUACACGACAUCAGAGAAUCCAUACUGGAGAGAAACCCUAUGAAUGCAGCGUGUGCGGGAAAGUUUUCAGUAGCAAAUCAUCUGUCAUCCAACAUCAGCGACGUCACGCUGGGAAGAAACCUUGGAAAUGUAAUGAGUGUGGGAAAGCCUUUAGUUACUGCUCAGCCUUUAUCCUCCAUCAGAGAAUUCAUACUGGAGAAAAACCUUAUGAAUGUAAUGAAUGUGGGAAAGGUUUCAGCCAGAGCAUACACCUUACCCUUCAUCAGCGAAUUCAUACUGGAGAGAAACCCUAUGAAUGCAAUGAAUGUGGGAAAGCCUUCAGUCACCGAUCAGCCCUUAUUCGACAUCACAUAAUUCAUACUGGAGAGAAACCCUAUGAAUGUAAUGAAUGUGGGAAAGCCUUUAAUCAAAGUUCAUACCUUACUCAACAUCAGAGGAUUCAUACUGGAGAGAAACCCUAUGAAUGUAAUGAAUGUGGGAAAGCCUUUAGUCAAAGCACAUUUCUUACUCAACAUCAGGUAAUUCAUACUGGAGAGAAACCCUAUAAAUGUAAUGAAUGUGGGAAAGCCUUUAGUGACCGCUCAGGGCUCAUUCAACAUCAGAGGACUCAUACUGGGGAGAAACCAUAUGAAUGUACUGAAUGUGGGAAAGCCUUUGGUUACUGCUCUGCUCUUACUCAACAUCAGAGGACUCAUACUGGAGAAAAACCUUAUAAAUGUAAUGACUGUGAGAAAGCUUUUAGUGACCGCUCAGCCCUUAUACGACAUCAGAGAACUCAUACUGGAGAGAAACCCUAUAAAUGCAAGGAAUGUGGAAAAGCCUUUAGCCAGAGUUCUUCCCUUACAAAACAUCAGAAAACUCAUACUGGAGAGAAACCAUAUAAGUGUAAUGAAUGUGACAAAGCCUUCAGCCAGAGCUCUUCCCUCUCUCAACAUCGAAAAACUCAUGUUGGCAAUAAAGCCAGCAAAUAUGGAAAAGUCUUCAGUGAUCACUCAGCACUUAUGCAACAAAAGAGAAUUCAUACUGGAUAGAGAUUCCACGAAUGCGGUGAAUUCAGUAAAUGUUUGAGGGUUUACUAUGAGUCUAGCACUGUAUGAAAUGCUGUGAAUACUCCGAAGACUGUAAGACAGUGUUACAAAAAGACCAUGUGCACCAAAAAGUUGUUAUGAUUGAUGUGCAGUCCUAUAUGGUACCCUGAUGGUAGGUGUGUUGAAUAUAAAUGUGGAGUCUUGCGUAUUUUAAAAUGUUUUAGUGGACUACACUGAGGGAUUUCCUUGGCAGAGUAAUGAUUGUCUUUAUAUCAAUAAUGUGAUGUGAGCUAUUGAAUCCCUGAGAAAGGGAGUGGGGUGACCUUCAAAGGAGUGAGCCUCUCCAAACAGGGUUGAUGAUGCCAGGUUAUGGAAUACUUAACUUUUAGAAAAAUUGGAGGUGAAAGAAUGAAAGACGUUGAUCUAGAUUGAAAAUUUGGAGAAACUGCUGUCCAGAAGACAUUAAAAGCAUUAAAAAGCAAAGUCAUGAGGAAAAAAAAGAAAAAAGGGCUGGAUAAAACUCAGGAAGUAUUUAUUAAUACAGGCAGUCUCAGCUGAAUAUCCAUAAUCAAAAGAAUGGCUGUCGGGAAUUUCUUCCAUGCAGAGAUCCAGAGCAUUGAUUGUAUUGGUGAGGCCUUUGGUUCCUACAAUAGCAAGUUCCACUUGGAAGCCAAAGUGUGAUGGGCCUAUGGCCAGACAAAAGGACCCUACCCUGGCAAUUGAGGGAAAUUUAAGAAUGCAGCUUAGGCUCACAGUUAAGAAGAAGGGUAGGUUGGUAAAAGAACUAAAACUCCAAGAAUUGGAGACCAGUAACAAGGACUUGCAGACUAGAAAGGAAGAGAAUGAAGGAUGAGGGCUUUUUGAUAAUUUAAAUGCUUCCUAGAUGAGUAGCUUGAGAAUGUUUUUGUGGUUUACCUCAGCUGUACAGGGUGGUAUUGCGGAAAUUUGCUGUAGUUUUGUUGUGUGUUUGAAUUCCUCAUAUGCUGGGCUACAGUGGACAAGGUAGGAAAAAAGUACUUUCAGAGAAGAGAAAAUAGGGAAAAACAGUUAACUAUAGGAUAGAGUUUAUCUUCUCCCUUUUAACCCCUUGGUGUUAGGAGAAAAAAGGCCUUGGUGACAGGGAAUCUGGCUGAGGGAGUCAUCUCUUUACAUGGUCAAGGUAUCCCAUUUUGUUACACGAAGUCCCUCAAAGAGUUUACGUUUUGGUUGGGGGAGUAAACCUUUGUCCUUUAUCCAUAACAAUCCUUAAUUCAGCACCAGAGAAUUCCUCUUGAAGAGAAAACCAUGGAUGUCUUAUAGCUGUAGUCAUAUCUUCAGGCCUUUGGCUGAGCUUGAACUCUCCAGGCCGAGCAGAAGGACCACCCUGAAAGCCUAGUCCACUGGAAUAUUUCUUAUGGUUAUCUGUAGGUCCAGUUCAGAAAUCAUGACUCUCACUCACACCAUGCCAGGUAGUGUCAUGAGAACAAAGAUCUAUUCAUUCUUAACUAAUUUGCAAAGUAGAUGCCAUACAUACCCCCGAAUCUUGUACAUUGAUCUGGUGUCGGGGUCAGAAAUUUUUUUAACAGGAAAUGAAAGGACAUAUGGAGUCCUAAGAUGACAAUGUUAGUUCACAUAAAGUUCUCUAAGGUUUAACAAGCAUUUUAUGUACAUUUCCUUCUCACAACAAUCUUAUGUGGUAGGUGCUAUUACUACCUCCUUUUUAGAUGAAUAGACUGACUCAGAUGUGAAGUAACUUGCACACAUAGUAAGUAUCUAAAUUAGGAUUUGAACUCGGUCUUUCUGGCUCCAAGUCUAGUAUUCUGUCUGCUGUGCCAAAUUGCCUCAAAGAUGUUAUCCAAUUAUAUAGCAGGAAGUUUAGAAUAACAUUUUGAGAGUGGGAUAUGAUUAGAGAAAAUUUGGAAUGAAGUAAACAUUGGUGGUAAUAUGACAGUGUGACAAGCUGGAAUAAUUGAUUCCAGUUUGGUUCAAAUCCUAGGAAAACAAAAUAACAUUGUGGAGAAAACAGCAAUAUUGGUUUUUUAAUCUGUUAUUUAAAACAAUGUGAAAAGUUGGGUGAUAGUUGGAAGGGUCUUUAAAGAUUGUUGAGUCCCACCUUUUUUAUAUUGUAAAAACAAUAGCUGAAACUUUUAUAGCUGUUUAUAACUCACAAAGUGCUUUAUAGAGUCUCUCAUUGGGUCUUUAAAUAUUCUACAAGUGAGGAAACAGGCUUAGAGGGGGAGGUUAAGCUAACCAAAGUUCAGAAUCUUUAAACUAGAUUUAAAUAAGCCGGCAAGAAGAUUGAUUGGAUUAAAAGCUAAUGAUUUUCUAAAUUCAGGGCAUAGAGAACAAGCUCCCAGUAUUUGGUUAUUGACUGAUAGCAUCUAGGUUGCAGAAUAGAAGAGGUGAAAAGGAAGGGGUCAGUCUUCCUUUAAAACAAGUAUUCAAAAAAACCCAAAAAGGAUGUGGAAUAGAAUAAAUGAAACUUUUCUUGUUUGAUGACCACUUCUUCCUGAUUGGGACAGAAACAUAGGUGGGAACUCAGAUGCCAUCUUCUCUCAUAAUUGACUUAGGAAUGGGCACAUGGUUUAUAAAGACCUCUAAGAAUUUUUGUAUGUCCCAAUGUGGCAUAGAACAACAUUAAUCAAUUAGGACUAAGUACUAGGUACAAACUUUGGUUUGUAGCCCAGAGACAAAUUCUGGAACUUGGUAUAAGCUUGGGGGAUUUAUAACCUAAAAAAAUCAGAAUUCUGAGUCAGAGUUAAACAAAAAAAUUAGAAGUAGGACAAGUGGGGAUGAGAUCACAGAUGCACAUAGAGUUGGGUUUGGUGGUCUGUUCUUUUACAGUUAUUUUUUAAAAAUCCCUUAUAAAAAAGUGAUGGUAAUCACAGGUCACAUUAUUGUAUGUACUUGGGUAACAAAGAUUGUUAAAAAAACAAACCCCAAACUGGCUGGAUGUAGAGUGGAUGUCAUAAUCAAAAUGAACUGGUGCAUCAUCUAGUAGCAACCCGCAUGGAAUCUGAGGGAAUGUGUCCAAGUAGAUAGAAAAAUGACAAGUGUCAGUCUGACACAGACUGGUCUUUGCCCUGUAAUCUGGCUAGAUGAUUGCUUCAGGACAUUUUGUCAUGAGAUGAAAGGGACCUGAAGCCAGCCAAGAAUUGGAAACUUUCCCAAGGGGUAGGAAAUGUGGGUUGUUUUUUUUCUCCAUAGAAAAUGAUGAAAGAUAUAAAUUAAAAUAAAUUUGAGUUUCUUUGUCUGGGGAAAGGUCUUCUGUGUCUUUCUGGGUCUUUACCUAGUGGAGCUCAUGGAAAGAACACUGGAUAUUUAGUCAAAGGACAUUGGUUUAAAUCUGACUCUGUUGUUUUAUCUACCUCCAAGACCCUAUGCAGAUCGUUCUGACAAUUUAAG